ACCAUUUAUUCUCUGAGAAAAAGAAACAAAAACUUUUUCAACAAUAUCCCCACCACCUCGCCAAAUCUUUCCCUUUCUCCGUUUCCUUCCCCUCUCUUAGUAACAGUCGUUUCUCUGCCGGGUCACAAAAACAAAUAUAUAUAGCAACAAAAAGAAGAAGAAAAAAGAUUAAUAUAUAUACAUAUACACGAGUAAAAUCGUUUAUUUGUUUGUUAUACGGCUUUUGAACGGGUGUUACGUUAUAGAGAAGAAGAGUUUGAUCAUCAUGGGGAUCCUAGACAAACUUUGGGACGAAACGCUUGCGGGGCCUAUGCCAGAAACCGGCCUCGGAAAACUAAGAAAGUAUAAUUCCUUUUCAGCCACUCGAUCAUCCCAUGCUCCCGUUGAUACUAGCAAGGUGAUGAUAACCAGGAGCAUUACUAUUCUUAAGAGUAACUCCGGUUUGAAAAACCUAUCUGUGGAGCCGGGUUCGGUUCCCGAUUCUCCUUCCGGGUCUAGCAAUCCUGGGACACCUUUGUCACCUGGGACACCAUCUGGGGAUUUCAGGAGAUUUACGAGAAGAAAAUCGCCAGCAUUCCAACCAGAAGAACCAAGAAGCCCCACUGUUUACGACUGGAUUGUGAUGAGUGCUUUGGACCGUUAAAGAGAGAAAAUUGGCGAGUUUUCUUUCCAAGGAUCGACAUAUGAAAGAAACUUUUUGUACAUAUAUCAAACUUCUGUUGAAGUUUUACGAUAUACCCUAUGCAUAUAUAUAUAUACAUUUAUGUAUUUAUAACUAAUAAUUACGAUGAUAAUUGACAAGAAGAAGAGGAUCGGGUGAUUUGAGUGAAGAAUCGCGAGAUCCGUCGAGAAAUUAUCACUGCAAUUCUUGGAGUUUCCGACACAGAGAGAGAUGACAGACGUAGGAACUUGUAAGCUUACUUGUUGUGUUUUGAAUUUUUACUUUUUCAUGUACAUAUGAUUGUGUGUGUUUUACCUUGUCUUGGCUUUUGAUCUGUACAUACGGAUCUCUGUAUAUUUACACCCUCCUGUAAGGAAACUCGUUAUUUUGCA